CCUACUACUCGCCUGUGAGAUUAAUAAUGACUAAGCUACUUUGAUUACCUGUGCCUCACCUAUACCUACGUAUCACUGAAAACAGGAGACAUCCCAAGAAUGAAGGUGCUCUGCUUUGUAUAAGACUGUUUUAGAGGUCCAUAUCCAUGGCAGACAGAUAAAUAGGGGGAUAGCAUUGAAAUGUUUCAGCAGAAGCUCCGUCAGUUUGAAGAUCACGCACUGCGCAUGAUAUAUAAAUAUUUCCAAGAUGAUCUGCUCUACAUCGUGGAGAACUUGAAUCUGUACUCACUCUUGGAUCAACUAAAUUUGCAAAAUAUCCCAGAAGUUACGAAAUACAAGGAUCUAGAAAAAGAUGUGGCCCGGAUAUUGCUAGAUGAUAUUUUCAAACUUGGAAGAGAAGCUGUGAUAGGUUUGUGGGUCAGUCUUUAUGUCCUACGAAAGGAACAUCAGCUUCCGAGCUUAGAAGCUGUGCUUGAAGAACUCUGUCAUAAAGGUGAGACUUUGGUGGAACAGGUCCUACUGGAUAAAGAAGGACAUGAACUUCCUCCAGCGUUAAAAGAUGCCCAGAAACACCACAAGAAAAACUUAUAUGAAAAAAAGAAUAAACUUGUUGAGCACAAUCCUCCAAGAUGUAACCAGGGGGAGCAAAGUUUUUCAUUCUGUACACGUUAUGUCAACCUCAUCAUAGUCUCCACUCAACGGUUUAGGAGGCACUCUGAGAAUGAGCUCAUAGAGACCGGGGUAAAACAUGAGGAAUACUUAAAGAAAACCCAAAAUGAAUUGCAACACAUUUUCCCCAACAAACUGUUCCGCUGGUGCCACCGAUCCAAACAAGUGCCACGUAUGGUAAUGGUGAGCGGAGUUCCCGGUGUAGGGAAGACCACACUGAUGCAGAAGGUUGUCUAUGACUGGGUGACGGGGGAUCUCUAUCAAAGAUUCUCCUUUGUCUUUUUCUUCAAAUUCCGAGAACUCAACAGACUGGAUAAGGUUAGUCUGGAGGCUCUAAUCCUUCAUCAGUACCCAUAUCUGUGGGAGCAGCUUAGUAAUAUCUUACAGGAACCAGAAAAACUUCUCUUUAUAUUUGAUGGUUUAGAUGAAAGUCUUCAUAACAUGGAUUUCACAUCACGUCACUUGUGCCCUAAUCCUAAACAGCCCGAACUUUGUGGUCAGAUUGUUGUUAGUUUGCUGAGAAAGUCUCUUCUUGAUGGUUGUUCUGUCCUAAUGACCAGUCGCCCAACCAGACUGGCAUCAAUUGAUUGUAGCGUUUUCCAGAGAAUAGUAGAAAUCACUGGGUUUUUUCCAGAAGAACGAUGGAUGUACUUUGAAAACUUCUUCCCCGACCCUAAACUGGCAGAAAAGGCUUUUAAUUAUGUGAAGCAGAAUGACACCCUGUACACGUUCUGUUAUAUCCCAUCCUACUGCUGGAUCAUCUGUACAGUAUUAUCCAAGAGCUUCCAGCCAACAAGUAGUGAUCAGCCGGCGUCAUUAUUACCCAAAACAGUCACCCAGCUCUUUGCGAUAUUUGUCGCCAACAUCCUGUCCAAUCACAGCCUGCACAAAAGUGAUGCUCAGAAGAUCCUGCAGUCCAUGGGAUGGAUGGCAGAACAUGGAGUCAUGAAUCACAGGAUUAUCUUUGAUGAACGAGAUCUUGAUUGUUUCCAUGUGGACAAUAAGUCAAAGCUCUUAUCAAGUUUUCUGAUGGAAUCGGAGGAACCUGUGUCCUAUUCCUUCUUACAUCUCACUGUUCAGGAAUUCUUCUCUGCCUUGGUGCAUUAUGUGGAUUAUUCUCCUGAGAAGUUACAGAAAUCACUAAAAGAUGCCAAAUCCUAUCCUGAUGGACGAGGUGAGAUGUUCCUCCAUUUCCUGUGUGGUCUAUCAGACGGCUCCACCAGGUCAAUACUAACUGGAUACCUGGACAAACAAGCAGCUCAGGCCUCCAGAGAUGUAAUCACUUGGCUGAAUCACUUUAUUCUAGAAGAACAGAGGACAAUUGAAAGUGAAGACAAAAAGAGGCAUCUUCUCAGCACAUUUUUCUAUCUGUAUGAAUCCCGGAAUAAGGCUCUGGUGCUGGAAUCAUUAAAAUCAGACGGAAGUCUUGACUUUUCCUAUGUUCGUAUGUCUGCUCUAGACUGCACAGUGUUAGCAUUUAUUCUGGACACCUGCAAAAAUAUAGAAGAACUUGAUCUAACGGGGUGUUUUUUACAGACUGAAGGAUUAGAAAGACUUGUACCAGGUUUAAAUACCCUGAAAUAUCUGAGUUUACGAACUAAUAACUUGCAAGACAAUUCCUGCAUUCUAUUGGCAUCUGUAAUAAGGAGCAACCAGUCCUUGAAGACACUGCUCCUGUCUUAUAACUAUCUGUCUGGUCCUCACUUCAGUGAUUUGAUGGAAGCUCUGUCCAGUCCAGCCUGCAGGAUAGAGGAAUUGCGUUUGGCUGAUAACAAUCUACCAGACACUUCCUGCAUCCAGUUGGCAUCUGGAAUAAGAAAUAACCAGUACCUGAAGAUACUUGACCUGUCUCGUAACCGUCUGUCUGGUCCUCACUUCAGUGACUUGAUGGAGGCUCUGUCCAGUCCGGCCUGCAGGAUCGAGGAAUUAUAUUUGGAUAAGGCUGGGCUACCAAACACUUCCUGCAUCAAAUUGGCAAUUGGAAUAAGGAAUCAGUCCCUGAAGAAACUUGACCUUUCUAAUAACUACCUGUCUGGUCCUCACUUCAGUGACUUGAUGGAGGCUCUGUCCAGUCCGGCCUGCAGGAUAGAGACAUUACGAUUGGGUGCUAAUGGUCUACCAGACACUUCCUGCAUCCAGUUGGCAUCUGGAAUAAGGAAUAACCCGUCCCUGAAGAUACUUGACCUGUCUGUUAACCGUCUGUCUGGUCCUCACUUCAGUGACUUGAUGGAGGCUCUGUCCAGUCCGGCCUGCAGGAUAGAGGAAUUACAUUUGGCUAAUAAUGAUCUACGAGACACUUCCUGCAUCCAGUUGGCAUCUGUAAUAAGGAAUAACCCGUCCCUGAAGAUACUUGCCCUGUCUGGUAACCGUCUGUCUGGUCCUCACUUCAGUGACUUGAUGGAGGCUCUGUCCAGUCCGGCCUGCAGGAUAGAGGAAUUACGAUUGGGUCGUAAUGAUCUACCAGACACUUCCUGCAUCCAGUUGGCAUCUGUAAUAAGGAAUAACCAGUCCCUGAAGAUACUUGUCCUGUCUAAUAACUACCUGUCUGGUCCUCACUUCAGUGACUUGAUGGAGGCUCUGUCCAGUCCGGCCUGCAGGAUAGAGACAUUACGAUUGGGUUAUAAUCAUCUACCAGACACUUCCUGCAUCCAGUUGGCAUCUGUAAUAAGGAAUAACCGGUCCCUGAAGAAACUUGACCUGUCUGGUAAUCGUCUGUCUGGUCCUCACUUCAGUGACUUGAUGGAGGCUCUGUCCAGUCCGGCCUGCAGGAUAGAGGAAUUAGAUUUGGGUAAUAAUGGUCUACCAGACACUUCCUGCAUCCAGUUGGCAUUUGUAAUAAGGAAUAACAAAUCCCUGAAGAAACUUGUACUGUAUAAUAACCGUCUGUCUGGUCCUCACUUCAGUGACUUGAUGGAGGCUCUGUCCAGUCCGGCCUGCAGGAUAGAGGAAUUGCAUUUGGGUGAUAAUGAACUACCAGACACUUCCUCCAUCCAGUUGGCAUCUGUAAUAAGGAAUAACCAAUCCCUGAAGAAACUUGUCCUGUUUAGUAACCGUCUGUCUGGUCCUCACUUCAGAUACUUGAUGGAGGCUCUGUCCAGUCCGGCCUGCAGGAUAGAGGAAUUAGAUUUGCGUAAGAAUGGUCUACCAGACACUUCCUGCAUCCAGUUGGCAUCUGUAAUAAGGAAUAAUCAGUCCCUGAAGAUACUUGACCUGUCUGAUAACCGUCUGUCUGGUCCUCACUUCAGUGACUUGAUGGAGGCUCUGUCCAGUCCGGCCUGCAGGAUAGAGGAAUUACGUUUGGGUAAUAAUCAUCUACCUGACACUUACUGCAUCCAGUUGGCAUCUGGAAUAAGGAAUAACCCGUCCCUGAAGAUACUUGACCUGUCUAGUAACCGACUGUUUGGUCCUCACUUCAGAUACUUGAUGGAGGCUCUGUCCAGUCCGGCCUGCAGGAUAGAGAAAUUAUACUUGGGUGAUAAUGAACUACCAGACACUUCCUCCAUCCAGUUGGCAUCUGUAAUAAGGAAUAACCGGUCCCUGAAGAUACUUGACCUGUCUGUUAACCGUCUGUCUGGUCCUCACUUCAGUCACUUGAUGGAGGCUCUGUCCAGUCCGGCCUGCAGGAUAGAGGAAUUAGAUCUGAAGGACAAUGAAUUAUCUGAAGAGGAGAAGGAAGCCAUAAGAAAACUGAAAAAGCAGAAACCAGAUAUGAAGAUCAUUCUUUUUGCCACAGAUGAGGACAUGAUGAUGUAGAUAGGGUGCGUCACGCCCUCCUCCUCUUCUCCUGCAACGCUCCACCGCGCCUCCCGUUCAUCAUGUGUGUGGUGUUUGGAGCUGCGCCCGGGCUCUGGAUUUACUUGAAGACCCGUUUUGCUGGUUCUCCUGUUUGACUGUGACGUAUCGCUGCGGAGGCCACUUGCCUACCCGGUGAUUCUGGAUCUGGUGAUUGCUUGGCUGUCCACAAUCACGACGCGGUUUCCUACCACCUGUUGCCUUCCCCGUAUGAAGAUUUGCCCAACUGGACCGUAUCCUCCUGGGGAUUUCUCUGGUCUCCUGCCCUUUGCCCGUUUGUGCUUCCCAGAUCUUAUAGAUUUUACCACGGCUUGUGCUCCUGCUGUUGCUCCUCCAAUUCUCCCUGCCUCCUACGUGGACUCCUCUACCUACUCCUCUCCCCUGCUUUCCGUGCUGUCUUCCUGAGCUGAAGUAUCCUGCUGAUUGGUGAGAUUUUUCCUUUAUGGACUUGUCUGGAAUAGCCUUCCUGCAGAAGUGGUAGCUGCAAAUACAGUGAAGGGGUUUAAGCAUGCAUGGGAUAGGCAAAAGGCCAUCCUUCAUAUAAGAUAGGCCCAGGGGCUAUCCAUAGUAUUCAGAUAUAUUGGGCAGACUAGAUGGGCCAAAUGGUUCUUAUCUGCCGACACAUUCUAUGUUUCUAUGUCUCUUGUUUUUUUUUUUUUUUUUUUUUGUGAGGUGCUAAAGGCAUUCUUUUUAACAAAAUAUAAGUAGUAUCCUCCAUAACAGAUUAACAUAGUACCUUAUUUAGAAAAAGGGGAAAAAAGGGAAAGAGGAGGGAAGAGAAAGAAGGAGAAAGAGGAGGGAAAAAAACAAACAAAAAGGAAUAAGAGAGAAGGCGGGAAGGAAGAGGAAGGAAAAAGGGAAAAGAAAAAAAAGUAAGAAGAGGGAGAGGAAGGGGGAAAAGGAGAAAAAUAAAUAAGAAAGAGAAAGCAAAGGAGUAAAACUGGGAAAAAAAAGGGCCCUAAGCAAAAUAGGUGCUCAGCGGAUUUUUCUGGGGCGAAAUCAGGCCAGAGACCUGGACGAAACAUUGAAUGAAUUCUCCCAAGCUGAGGAGAUGCAGAGGGUGGAGGAAGGAGAAUCAUCCAAUGUUGAAUCUUCCCCCUAUAAUAGAAAUAUUGCUGGCAGUAAAAUAAAAAUG